UCUGUCGUUAUUGUAGCACGCUCCUUCCUCCCCUCCGUUCCUUGCUAGCAAGUCAACUUAGCUAGCUAGCGAUAGAAGCUCUUUAAACCUUAUAGUGUAAUUAUUAUGAAUUGAUUGAUCGGUGUAGUAUAUUUGAUAUCUGUUUCCAAAGUCUGGAUAACAAGCCAACUAACAAAAUGAACAUACGAAACGCAAGGCCCGAGGACCUUAUGAAUAUGCAGCACUGUAACCUGCUGUGUCUUCCAGAAAACUACCAGAUGAAAUACUAUUUCUAUCACGGAUUGUCCUGGCCUCAGCUUUCCUACAUUGCAGAGGAUGAAAAUGGCAAAAUUGUGGGAUAUGUGCUGGCAAAGAUGGAGGAGGACCCAGAUGAUGUACCCCAUGGACACAUCACAUCCCUGGCAGUGAAGCGCUCCCACAGACGUCUUGGCCUGGCUCAGAAGCUGAUGGACCAGGCCAGCCGGGCCAUGAUAGAAAACUUCAAUGCUAAAUAUGUCUCACUUCAUGUUCGCAAAAGCAACCGAGCAGCCCUGCACCUGUACUCAAACACACUCAAGUUCCAGAUUAGUGAGGUGGAGCCUAAAUACUAUGCAGAUGGGGAGGAUGCCUACGCCAUGAAGAGAGACCUGGCCCACAUGGCCGAUGAGGUCCCACAGCUGAGAAAGCCUGGAGUGCGUGUGUCGGGUCAGGAGGCCCCGUCUGGCCAGAGCCCAUCAGGGUCUGGUGACCAGGAGAGAGAAAGCGAGAGAGACAGCGGAGGGGAGAGCAAAGAGCUGAGUGAAGUCAGCGAGGCAACAGAAAGCACAGACGUUAAAGAUUCUUCUUCUGAUUCACAAUGACGCUGCAGUCCUAGACAUUUUUAAAUUCAUCCCUCCCUUCCUAUUUUUAUCUCUAUUUGACAAUAUCUCGGGCUUUACAAACUGUGACUAUCUGUGCGUCAAAGCUGCUCCCACAUUUCCAUCACCUUUUUCUUAAAUCUUGCUUUUCACUGCAGCGCUGAACAAAAAGUCUUGGAUAAUGACAUGAAUCGGGGUGUUAUCUAAAUGAAACUAAAACGAA